GUCAUGUCUUGUCUCUAAGCGAAAUUAGCUUGAAGACCCAAAAUGUCUAUUACCACCGGUCAUAGGACCCCGGAGGGUGAGGGACCCAAGUUGGGCAGUUUCGUCCUCAGUCACUUAGAAGCUUGUUCUAAAACCUUGCUGAGUCCUGCCUUGGAUGGGAACCAAAGUUACAGCUUGGCAGGUGCAUUGGCCACACUCCCACGGGCACACAAGCAGCUUGGCAAGUCAAGAUCAAACUCUUUAAUAGAUUCUACUGGGUCAGAACCACAUAGGAGAAUAGUGGUUAUUGCAAAACAAGAUAAUGAGCCAUUUGGAUUUGAAAUUCAGACGUACAAAUUACAGUAUGAAAACGGCUCAGACAUGAGGACCUAUGUUUGCAAAGUACAUGAAAACAGUCCAUCCAGCAAGGCUGGUUUGAAAGCAGGGGACAUGCUGACCAACGUCAAUGGCGUGAGCAUGGAAGGCUUCUGCCACCAGCAGACUGUUGAGCUUAUCCGAUCCUCGGGAAACUUUCUCAGAAUUGAAACAGAAAUCAGUACAGAUAUCAGACGAUCAGAACUCCAAGCAAGACUGCUGCUCCUAAAGCAAGACUUCCGGGCGAAAUGGAAAGAGCUACAGAUCCUCCUAAGAAAAGAGCAUCAACUGCUUUAUGGGUCUGUGAAUGAGCGCAAAAUACGGGAAGAGAUGAACUGCCUUCAUUCCAAAAUGUCUGAGAACCCCACACCAGGUUCCUUCUUGAACAAACAUCGGAUGUCCAGUUCAAGCAGCACCAAGAGCCACGCUGGUUCCAUAACGCUUAGCGAGGACGGUUUGUGGUCCAUGUCUGAAUGCGAGGAGGAUUCAGGAACUGAAGCCUUCAGUCGGCAGUCUAGUAUUGAAGAAGACUGUUUCAUCCUAAAGUUCAAUGGCCUCUCAUUAAGGAAGUCUUCACUAGCACGCCAUAGAAGCAUUAGCAUAACUAGCAGUGAAAGUGAACCAAUGUCACCAAACUGGGACUCUUUAAGCCUCUCCAAUUUUUUUGGGACAUUACCUCGGAAAGCCAGGCGAGGGAGUAUCAGAAAACAUUUCCUGAAGUUCAUCCCGGGUCUCCAGAGAUCGGUGGAAGAGGAAGAAUCUCAAUUGUGACUCUUGUACAAUAGACAGAAAACCAGCAUUAAUAAAUUAAAGCAAGUGAUUACAUGUACUUAUC